GGCAGGGUUUAAUAUGUUUAGUAUAUACUUUUCAACACACGAUUUUGAAUGCUUAUUUAGAUGUACUUUACUAGCAGAGACUGCUAGAUACGCGUGGUAGUUGACAGAAAGAGCCACUUGUUGUUAACCUCAGUUUUAUAAGUCGGCCAACUUUCUAUUAUUUUAUUUUAUUUUUUAGUUGAUCAAUCUCAACUUUACUUUAGUUUGUCUCUUGGGUGCCUGGCCUUCUUAUCAUCCUCGCAUCUUCACAUCCUCACAUCUUCAUAUUCUCACAUCCUCUCAACCUCUCAACUUCCUAUUCUGUCAUACUGUAAUACUAUUUGUUGUUAAUAUACCUACUCCCUGACGGCGCACGCGCCUACGGGCAACUUCGUUCAGCUUCUGUGUCGUCUUCUAUCGCGUGACCAUGAUUGUCCCUCUAUCAGCGCUGGCUCUCGCAGCCACUGCGUUAUCCUCUACCGGGCUCGUACAAGCCCUCUCUGCCUCAGAUAUACCUGCCGACACACCUAUCAACGCACUCCUAUCUUCUGCGCAAUCACACUUGACUAAAGGCGAAACAAGUGAGGCAUUAGUAUAUUACGAUGCUGCCAUCGCCCGAGAUCCUACCGACGCCCUGACAUUCUUCAAGCGAGCGACUACCUACCUCUCACUCGGCCGCACAUCGCAAGCUACUUCCGAUUUCAAUCGAGUCCUGAAACUAAGGCCUGACUUCGAAGGCGCACAUCUUCAACUUGGCAAACUGAAGGCCAAGGGUGCCGAUUGGAAUGGAGCUAAAGAACAUUAUGUCUUAGCCAAGCAAAAACCAGGCUCUGCCGGGUACAACCAACUCGUAGAGGCAGAAGGUGCUGCAAAGCUAGCAGAAGAGGCUUCGAAAAAGGGAAAUUGGGACGAAUGCAUAAGCCAGUCGGGGGAGGCCAUACUUGUCGCAAACCGAGCGCCUAACCUACGUGAACUGCGCGUAAAAUGUCGAUUUGAGAAAGGAGAAGUAGAGGAGGGAAUGAGCGAUCUACAGCACAUCCUACAGAUGAAGGCUGGUGAUACCACUCCGCACCUGCAAAUCUCCGCAACCACGUUCUACGCUUUGGGGGACAUGGACCAAGGCAUGAGCCAGAUCAAGAAGUGCAUGCACUCCGAUCCCGAGUCUAAGGCCUGCAAGAAGCUGUUGAAGCAAGAGAAGAAUGUCGACAAGACUUUGGCCAAGGUUAACAAGGCCCUGGAGAGAAACCAGCCCAUGUCUGGUGUCAAAUUGUUAGUGCCUUCCAGUGACGAACAGGGUCUGAUCAACGAGGUCGAGGAACAAAUCAAAGAGCUUAAGAAAAAUGGCAUCAUUCCGGAACGCGCACCCAACGUAUUGCUAGCCAGAUUAGUCGAGACCGCUUGCCAAGCUUACUAUGAGGCAAACGGUAAGAAGGCUAGUACAUACUGCCUAAAAGCUAUAGAGUUAGACGAGAAUUCAUUUUACGGGCUAUUGUACAAGGCCAAGACGCAACUCGAAGCCGAGGAAUACGAAACUUCCAUCGCAUCGCUCAAGAAGGCUGCAGAGAUCAGGCCAGACAAGAACAAUGUCGUCAAUCCUCUGAUGCAGAAGGCCCAAGUGGCCCUCAAGCGUAGCAAGACAAAGGAUUAUUACAAGGUCCUAGGCGUUGCCCAUGACGCCGACGAACGGCAAAUUAAGGCGGCUUAUCGAAAGUUAACGAAGAUACACCACCCCGACAAGGCGGCGAAGCAGGGCUUAAGCAAGGAGGAAGCGGAGAAGAAGAUGCAAAGCAUCAACGAAGCGUACGAGGUAUUGAGCGAUGCCGAGCUGCGGGCAAGGUUCGACAGAGGCGACGACCCUAAUUCCAACGAGCAGCAAAAUCCGUUCCAACAGGGAAGUCCGUUUGGCGGCGGGGGCGGGCCGUUCAUGUUCCAGCAAGGCGGCGGUCAGCAGUUCCAGUUCAAGUUCGGAUCCGGAGGCGGCGGCUUCCCGGGAGGGUUCCCUUUCGGUUAAGAUAUAUCCACAUAGCGAAAAGAACAAUAUACUUUGUACAACAGCAGUUGAUUGAUUUCAGGAGUUCAUGGAGUUUUUGAGGGUGCAUAUACCUAGUGCGUAGUGCAUGAUAGUAAAUCUUCAUGUUUUUUUUUUUU